CUUGGGGAGGGAGGCCGCGGCUGGUAGGCUGCCCCGCGCCCGCCUCUGCGUACGAGGCACACUGAUCCGAAUCCCAUUCGCGGUCGCACAGAGGCCCCGCCACCGGUAUUUCGCUUGCCUCUACGCUUCCGGGAAGGCGGUGUGCACGCGCCACUACACUCUCCGAGGGAGGAGGGCGGGACCCAGCCGCCACCGCGGGUGGAGGAGGGGCGACUGGCGCUGUGGCGAAACCCCGCCAUGGAGCCGAGCUUUGGGACGGCGGGGCCCCGACGACAAGGUCCCUUCUGAUUACGCCACACCAUGCCCCUCAGCCUCUUCCGGCGCCUUCUCCUUGCUGCCCUGAUGCUGGUGAUUAUUUGGACCCUUUUCGGGCCCUCGGGCAUCGGGGAGGAGCUGCUGAGCCUCUCGCUGGCCUCCCUCCUCCCGGCGCCGGCGUCCCCAGGGCCGCCCCUGGCCCUGCCCCGCCUCCUGAUCCCCAAUGAGGAGGCAUGUGGGGGUCCCGGCGCCCCACCCUUCCUGCUCAUACUGGUGUGCACGGCCCCAGAGAACCUGAACCAAAGAGACGCCAUUCGGGCUUCGUGGGGCGGGCUGCGUGAAGCCCGAGGGCUCAGGGUGCAGACACUCUUUCUGCUGGGAGAGCCAAGUUUGCGGCAUCCCACCAGGGAAUCCCACGAGAUCGACCUGGCACGAGAGGCAGCGACUCGGGGAGACAUCUUGCAGGCGGCUUUCCGGGACUCUUACCGGAACCUUACUCUCAAGACUCUCAUCGGGCUGAGUUGGGCAUACAAACAUUGCUCCAUGGCCCGCUACAUCCUCAAGACAGAUGAUGACGUGUUUGUCAACGUCCCUGAACUGGUAUCGGAGCUGGUUCGGCGAGGGGGCCGUUGGGAACAAUGGGAGAAAAGCAUGGAGCCUCCAAGAGAGAAUAAGUUUGAAGAUGAAGAGUGGGAAGAAAGGUCCAUCUUCAGGGGCCAGCCAAUGCCUCUUUUGUACCUGGGCCGUGUGCACUGGCGGGUGCACCCCUCUCGGACACCAGGGAGCAAACACCAGGUAUCAGAGGAGCAGUGGCCUCCCACCUGGGGCCCCUUUCCACCCUAUGCCUCUGGCACAGGGUAUGUGCUGUCAGCUUCUGCCGUGCAGCUCAUCCUGAAAGUGGCCAGCCGGGCACCCCCUCUACCACUGGAAGAUGUCUUUGUGGGGGUAAGUGCCCGACGAGGAGGCCUCACCCCAACCCAUUGUGUCAAGCUGGCUGGGGCCACCCACUACCCCCUGGACCGGUGCUGCUAUGGGAAAUUCCUGCUGACAUCCCACAGGUUGGACCCCUGGAAGAUGCAGGAGGCCUGGAAGCUAGUGGGAGGCUCUGAGGGAGAAAAGACUGCACCCUUCUGCUCCUGGCUCCAGGGAGUCUUGGGCAUCCUGCGGUGUCGGGUAAUAGCCUGGCUUCACAGCUGACAGUGUCUGGGGCCACAGCAGAGUGAGGAGCUCAGGGUCUAGCUAGCACCCCUCACAGCCGUCUCUCGCCCAGGCCCACGGCAGGGGCCCUAGCUGGCUACAGAUGGCCACUUUCCGCUAUCAGAUGCUCAGUCUACCACUGAAGAUAAGAGAAAUUGAGGGGCCUGGCCUGCCAGCCCCAAAGAUGGUCACCAGGAAGAGCAAAACAAUGCUGGGGUUGUUCUCUCCAGCCAUAGGAGAGGGGCACAAGCUCCUCAAUAAACUUGUCUCUCUACC